CUCGGAUUACCCCCAGAACAACCACCUUCAAACUUCAACAAUCUAUCCUCUCUCCUCGAACAUACUCCACCAUGUCUGACCACGGCAACGUCCUCCCCAUCAAGACCGAGGCCGAAUUCAAGGAAAAGGUCCUCUCCUCCACCGGCCUUGUCGUUGUCGACUGCUUCGCUACCUGGUGUGGUCCCUGCCGGGCCAUCGCUCCCCGCGUCGCCCAGCUUUCGCAGACUUACUCCUCCGCCAAGUUCUAUCAGAUUGACGUUGAUGAGCUGAGUGACGUCGCUGCCAACUUGCAGGUUCGCGCGAUGCCGACUUUCAUUCUGUUCAAGGAUGGAGAGCGUGUGCCCGGGGGUGAUGUUGUUGGUGCUAACCCCGCGGGGUUGGACAAUGCUAUUAAGGCGAACAUUGCAUAGAUCUUUUCUUUCUCGUGAUUGAUUGAUUUUGAUUUGGGAGAGAUUUAUAUAUCUUGGCUUGUUUUUUAUUUUUAUUUUUUAUUUUAUAAAUAUCGAAUGUGAUUGUUGAUUUGAUAUCAAUGGAAUGAGGGCUGUUAUGCAAUGCAGGGUUAGACUUGCAGGAUGACUGCAUAUGGCUUUUGCCCAUCCCACAUAUGUCGGUACUCCUGUACCUGGGCGUACACAGCCUUGCUGCAUAGUUAAGUCAUCAAUUGUGUAUGCUACGUUACGCCAGUCUAUGUAUACGUUCGUACAUGUGGCAGUGGCAGC